UAUCCUUUUAUCUUCCCCUCUCUCCUCUUCAUUUCUCCGCUCUCAUCUUCUCUUUUGCUUUCACCCACUAUCUCUCCGUCAAAGGUUCAGAGCGGUUAAGGCCCGUUGCCAGAGAGUCAAGGCCAAUGGCGGAGCAAGAGAAGUGCGUGAGGAUCACCAGGGCCGCGAGGAAGAGAGCCGCGGCAGGGACGGCGAUGGAGGAGCAGCCGGUGAAUAAGAAAAGGGUAGUGUUAGGGGAGCUUCCUCAUCUGUCAAAUGUUGUCGUUUCGGUGAAUCCAAGUCUGGAGUCGGAGGUGCAGAAGCAGAAAUGUAAGCCCAAGGCCAAGAAGGCAUUGAUGCCAACGUUGAAGAAGGUGAGGGCGGAUGUGAAGAUUGAGAUUGAUUCCAAAUCUGAUGAUCCUCAGUUGUGUAGUCCUUAUGUAUCUGAUAUCUACGAGUAUCUGCAUAAUAUGGAGAUGCAGCCAAAGAGGAGACCUUUACCUGAUUACAUUGAAAAGGUUCAGAAAGAUGUUACUGCAAAUAUGAGAGGGAUUUUGGUUGAUUGGCUGGUGGAGGUUGCUGAGGAGUACAAACUUGUCUCAGACACUCUGUAUCUCACCAUUAACUACAUUGAUAGAUAUCUGUCUAUGAACACUCUCAACAGGCAGAAGCUUCAGCUACUGGGUGUUUCUUCAAUGCUCAUUGCUUCAAAAUAUGAAGAGAUCACCCCUCCAAACGUGGAAGACUUCUGCUAUAUAACAGAUAAUACAUACACCAAGGAAGAGGUGGUGAAGAUGGAGGCUGAUAUACUCAAAUCACUAAGCUUUGAACUGGGCAGUCCCACAGUGAAGACAUUUUUAAGGAGAUUGAACAUGGUUGCACAAGAGGAUUACAAAACUUGUAAUUUGCAGCUAGAGUUCUUGAGCUAUUAUCUUGCAGAGUUAAGCUUGUUAGACUAUGGGUUUGUGAAAUUCUUGCCUUCUUUGGUGGCUGCUUCUGUUGUGUUUUUGGCAAGAUUUAUACUUCGGCCAAAGGUGAAUCCGUGGAGUGUUGCAUUGCAAGAAUAUUCAAAGUACAAGGCGGCUGAAUUGAGGGAGUGUGUUCUUGUCAUCCAUGACUUAUAUCUGAGUAGGAAAGGUGGUGCCCUGCAAGCUGUGAGAGACAAGUAUAAGCAGCAUAAGUUCAAGUUUGUGGCAACUAUGCCUUCUCCUCCAGAAGUACCACUUUCAUAUUUUGAAGCUGUUCAAGAAUGAAAAUCUUGACUGGGAGAAAAGUUGCAGAUCAGACAGACUAAAUCGACACAAGACAACGUAUUGUUGAGCUUGUAAUUUUGACAAUGGAGUUUUGUGAUGUGGAUUCGAGUUUUGGGCGAUGCUGUAUUUUUGCACUGUCAAUAUCAUUUUGGCUAUGGGGGAAUGAAUGUGAUUAUGAACCCUAGCUACUAACACAUGAUGGAGACUCUGAUCUGAAUUCAGAACACCAUUUUAACUUGGUUAGAGGUUUUCUUUGUUUGGUAGCUGAUUCUCUUCUCAAUUCUUAAAUUCUAAGGGUGUAAUUCUUCUGUCUAUAAAUCAAGUAUCUCUUUACAAAGCUUGUAUUAAUUUUAUUGGCUUAUAAAU